CUGGCGGCUCUCCGCCCGCGCCACCUACGAAGGUUGGGGGUAAACGAACGCACACUUCAAGACGCGUCUAGCUCCAAUCCACUUCCACUGAAACAGCUGCCGUCGUCGCUCAAGAACGAAACUUCUUUUUUGCUGAAUUGGACGAGAAUUAACAACGAGGCCAUGGCUCAACUUAAUAAUGAAGAUAUUCUGGUGAAAUACGAAUGCUCUAUUUUGGAUCAGGCUCAUAAGAUGAAAAUUGAACAGCAAUACCUGAACUUUCUGUUAAAUCAAGUCAAAACCCUCAGAGAAUUCCCGCCGAGCUAUCGUCCAAACGUUAUGCUCGAGCUGAAUACGAUCAGGUGUCAAAAUCCGUACGGAGACGAGAUGGCCUUGCAGAAGGUGGUUUCGCCGACCUACGCAGUGAUGGCAAAUGAAGUCCUCGGUCCUCAUUUGGACUUGGUCGACCUGACUGGCUUAAUCUCCUUUUGCCAUCCUGACAAAAAGUUUCACAUCUUCCAAGAGGUUUUGAAAACAAUCUUCAAAGUCGCUCAUAAAACGAUCGGGAAGGUGGUGCUUAUGAGGCAUCUGGACAUGGACCCGCUGAUGCACCAAAAUAUCUAUUUCUGUGAUUUGCUCCAGAUAAAAAUGCUGUACAAGAUGAAGUAUCUGAACGAGUUGCGGAUUGAGCUCUUCUCCUGCAAAUUGGACGAGAUUUUGGACGUGAUUUAUUGCUGUCGCUUUUCUCUCAUGUUCGUCAGCGUCAACAUCAACAUGGACGACUCGGCGCUUCCUCCAACAGAUUGGGAGUUGCAGGAAAAACUAGCCAAUUUGCGGAUUUUCCUUUUCCGCUCGCCAUCCAGGGUGGGAGUGGAGCAGCUGAACCAGCUCUGCGUCAAGUACCUGCCCAAGCUGCAGGUCGUGCAGGAAUUCGCCAGCGAAUUCUGCAAUGGCGAGGAUUUGCCCCGUCUUGAUUUUGAAGAAACAACUCAAGAUGUUUCCAAUCUGCUCCAUUUAACAAUUAAUUUGGACACGUUUGUUCGCGACGCAGACAGAAUUCAUCUCAAGUUUCCCUACGUCACCCAUUUGAAGGUGUUUCAAAGGGACGGAUUGUUCUCCGAAGAAGUGGAUUUGAGAACGGUAGAUUCCCUGCUCAAUUUUUCAGACGUUGAGCAUCUGGACAUCCGCUUGUCCAGGCCGUCGACGUUUAAUCUCAUCUUGGAGAGGCUCUUGGAAGCGUACGACAGGAAGAUCAAGACUCUAUGCGUCGUGAGCCUUUCUCCGAGGAUCCAGACCUGCAGCAUCAGCCGUAUUUUCCAGCACUGUCCAAAUCUGAAAAAGUUCAAAUUUGUGUCUCACCAAAUGGAAGUUGAUCGGCUCCAACCCGAAAUUAAUCACCUGACAGAACUGGAGCUGCUGGUUACCCACAUUUCGAAGGACAGGAGCGAUUUGUUGUCGUUCAUUCUGCGGUCAGCCUGUCUGGAGAGGGUCAAGUUGAUUGGCCAAACUGAAAACCCGAAGGACGUGGAAAAUGUGGUCUGCAGCAUUCAGGGUACCAAAGCAAUCCUGCGCAACCUGAGAUCGCUGGUCAUCGACAUGGACUGCGCCUCGAUCGGACAGGUCAGGAAGAACACCUUCAAGUCGUACGUCGAGCUGAUCAAAUGCGUUGACGAUUGCCUAAAAGAGAAAUGUCUCGAGAAUGUCCAGUUUUUUAUGAACAAUCUCGACGAGUACUCGACACUAGUCAGAAACCACCUUGGAACUAGUGACGGACCGAAAAUUCGCUCCGAAUUGUUUUUCUCCGGUGCGGAUAGAGAACAGAUCAAUUGGUUCGUCGACACUGAUCUUAUCUCCACCCUCGACCGGUUUUUCAUUAGUGAAUGAUUAUAUUUAUUGCAUGGAAAUGACGCGCUUAA